AUGCUUCUUCGCACUGUCAUCAUUGCCCUCGUUGGGUCUCUUGCCGCCGCAGCCCCUGCCGCUUCGGUUGUCAACUCUUCCCCGACUACUGAAGACACCGCCAUUGUCUUGCCCGAGGGUACCGAGGCUAUCAAGAUGAUCGACACCGGGGAUAUCCAGAUAGUCAACAGCUCAAUUUCCAACCUCGAGGGCAUCGAGGCUCAGCUCGGCGCCCGCGAUUCGGCCGGGUUUGCGAUCAGGUGUUUUUUCUCGGACAACUGUCAAGGCACCGAGGUGCGCAGCUCUGGUGACCUACACUAUCCGUCUGGCAUCAUUUAUGCGAUACAUACCAACGUCCCUUACGGGAAACCCAUCAGCUGCCGCUUUGACGCUUGGAGCGGUUGGAGCGGCGAACUCAAGAUUGUCGAAGCGUUCAACGUGAACACCGCCCUUAAAAAUGGUGGACGAGACAUUGCUGGACCCAAAUCUAUCUACGGAAGUGGCCAGUUGUGUCUUAGAGGUAUGCCUACGCAGAACCAAGCCGGAGGCUCGAUGGGAGCUGUAGCUCUCGCCAGGCGGUACUAA